AUGCCCAGCAACGCCGAGGCUGCGUCCCUCCUGGCCUCGCUCUUCUCGCACUCUCACCUCGCCAUCAACGUACCCGAGUGCUCCACUUCACAGCCUUCGCCCGUCGCAUCUUCAAGCCGUGGCAGCUCACGAUCCAUUGCCUUCUACGAUGAGAUCCUCACCCUCACACUACACCUUGAAUUGCCACCAACAGCAGCUCUACCACCUCCAGGGAAGGGUUGGGCAUCAUAUCCCCUGCCUGUACAGAUCGAUGAACUCGAAACCGACGAUUGGGAAGAGAGGACAGAGCAAGCAAGAGCUACCCGUCUGGCCCUACUCGUCUUGCUCAACAAUCUACACAUCGACCUCAGAGGAGCAUACGCGACCCCUCGAUCAGCUCUGCCCCCUGGCUCCAGUCCCAUCCCGCCGACGUCGGCAGCGACCUCCUCUCACUCGUCUGCCAUUCCAGCGAAUCAGAGACCCACACCGUCCACUGAAAGGCGAGAUGCAGCGUACAGCGAGCCUAGCCUCCCAGGCGACGAGGUACCCUUCUAUAAUGUAGCUUGGCUUGGAAACAAGGCGCCUCCAGAGCCAGUGAACAAGGAGCGGACGGCAGUGGACCGAGUCGCAGAGAGGAGGAAGAGGGAAAGGAAGCAACAAGUCACUGCCGGCCAAAGCUCAAGGGAACAGGACGAGGAGGAUCCGGUUGCUACUAGCUUUGCAAGCUGGGACCAGCGAGAAGAACGCUGGCGUAUAGAAUGGUCCGUCAAGGUACCCGUAGUCUACGCACGGCAUCGACACCCGCACCCGGCCUUGGUUCUAACGUCUUCCGUCUCUCUACGACUUUCCCCGAGCUCCUCUUACCUCACCGCACUGUCGUCUUCGCUAUCGGGCAUCUCCUCUUACCUUCGUCCAGCAGAGGACUCCUCAUGGGCGGACCACGAUCUCCUCACCACACUCUCCUCGGGGCCUGUGUAUCCAGACGAAUCGCCGUCGCAGAGAGCUGCCAGAGCAGCUUCGGCCCUUGCAAAGCUGCCAUUGAGUAGAUUGCCAAGCAAAGUUUUAGGCACCAGACUUGUGACGCCGGAACGAUCCGCUAGGGAUGUAGGCCUCAAGCUGACUAGUGCGCAUCCCCUGCCCAGCAUGACGGACGAAGACGAAGACGAAGGAGAAGGUGACGUGACAGAUGGUAGCAGCAGUAGCAGUAGCAGAUCAUCGUCGGCCGCUUCUUGGGCAAGCAGCGGAAACAGUAAGGGAUCCUCGACGACCCAUGCCUCAUCUAUUGCUCGUUCCCGGGACCUAUCAGAAGAAGGCUUGAUGUACAACACGCUGCCCCGCAUAAGGACUGGGCAAGGGAGCGCUUCUGAUGCCAAGGAGGGUGACACUAUCAAGACGCUCACGCGCUCGGUACGAUGCGCACUCGACGUGAGAUCUGCAGUCGGUGUCAGGAUGCGGACGACCAUUGUGCCUUCCUUGGACACUAGAGCAUUCUUACGAGGAGCUCAUGAUCUGAAUCGUGAAGGAGCCGACGAUGAGGAAGCAACAGAAGAGGACGUAAGCUCUUCUGUAGGGAGAGCGCUCGUCCUCUGCGUCGAGAUCGACAACACUUCCGACUCGGGACUACUCUUUCACGUCGACUCUUGCGAUCUGGACAUCACCGUGCCAGGUAUUGGAAAUUCCGGCUCGCUGACUCGCUUGGAGAAGAACAGGUACCAUGCUUCGGCUACCCUUCUAUCAGGCGCAGAUCGUAAAGGAUUUGGUACAGCAGCUGGCCAGGGUCCCUUCCAGCUUGCACAAGGAGAGCAGCGCAACCUUUUGUACGUCGUGCAGUUCAGCCUGACAGCCGAGGGUCGCGAGACUGCCGAGCCACUAUCUGGACGUACUGAUGCGGCGGCUUCCGUAGCCUCUCCAUGGCCAUGGUCUGCCUCUAAGCCUCCCGCAACCCUGGAGGAGCCCAGUCGGAACGUGGCCAUUGUCCUUCACGGUCGGCCGCUCCUGCUUGAUGGACAUGGCAAAGAGCCGCUUUCGGUCACGCCCGACUUUUCUUCUACCUGGAAUUGCACCCUAGACAUGGCUUCUCUGCAAGAGGAUCUCCGUCGGCGGAUGGCGGCAGAGAUGCCAAGCGAAGAGGUCUUGACUAGUGCAGCCGUAGCACCAGCAUCAGGGAGUGGAGCCUCGGGGGUCACUGCGACGGCCAUCGGGGGCAGUGCAAGGCAUUCGGCUUCGGCCCUAGCCUCGGCUUUGCGACAAGACGAUGCCAAUGCCCGUGCCAAUGCUGCACAUGCAGCCCAGGCUCGGCCAGGUGCCGAAAGGAGCGCUUCCUCUCGAUUCUUGCCUACUCCAACGUCUGCUGCUUUCGGCAGGCUAUCUCCGAUUGGGCUCGGCACGCCAAAGAGCUCGCCUCAGCCAUCGCUGAUCUCUCUCCCGCCAUAUGGCAAUAGUGGACAAGACCAGGCCGUUACGUCGCUUGCUUCACCUGCAUCCUCCUCUUCCUCCCGUGUGCGGCCAAGUGGUACUGGACUGCUUGCCCAGGCACGGAUGCGAGCAGCAACUUUACGCAUUGACGAGCAGCCGAUCGCAUCACCCAUUGCUUCCAGUGCUUUCCGCACAUCAUCGGGAGACUUUGCAGUCAGUCGUGAUGUGGCUCGACGAACUGACCAUGCUGGCAGCGAUAUGGGCGCAAUCAAGGCCUCUACAGACGUGGGAAGUGGUGUGGCCGACUGGGUCACGUUGCGGCGACUGGUCACUCCUGAUGGGCCUCGAGCUAGAGUGAGAAGUGCUGCAUUUGCCACGCCCACGAAUGCAGCCCAUCGAGCUGCUUCGAGAGGCGUAAACAACCACGGGCAAGCAGGGGUGCAGGGUGGAAGCUUCAUAGUGCCCUUCAGGCUAGAUAGGGAUCUUUCUUGGCAGAAAAGAGAUGGCCUGCUCCUCAACACUCGCAUACGCCCAGCAUUCGAGGACCCACGAGAGGGCAACGGACAUAUGCACGAAAUCGAAGACGAUGAGGGAGAGGGAUCCGGCCCCGCAAAGACGGGCAAGCUGCCUUUCUCAAUCUCACAUAUGGGAUCCUUUCACGUCGAAGUGCUAUUGACCAAUCGGACGGAUGUGAUGAAGACCUACAUUCUGCACUGGGCAGAAUCUCCCACAUUGGCGUCGGAAGAGGUCGUGAAAGACAAGCUGAUGGACGCAGAGACUGCUCGUCGAAGGUAUGACGCCUUCCUCGCUCGCGUCAAGAGCUCAGCGGUUGUACCGCUCGAGAAUUACGUAUCUGUCGGACCAAUCCUUCCGGGAGCUUCCGAGCUUGCUCUCCUACCAAUGAUGGCGCUUAUGAGAGGUCGACAUUCGAUCGGUGACCUGCUCAUCUCGGACCAGGUGUCGGGGGAAGAGAGGGUGCUGAGAGGUGCGGCGACCGUCGUCAUCGAGUAG